AUGUCAUGCUCAGUGUCAGAAGAACCGAGUGCAUUCUACUUGGCUUGUUGCAAUAAUGAUUUAAAGACAGUUCAAGAGACUGCUAAUCGUGAUGGAAUCGAUGCCAGGGGACCUGAUGGCAAUACACCCCUUCACGCUGCGUCAAUGUAUGGUCACGUUAAAGUUGUUCGACUUUUAUUGCGAUAUCACGCAUCGAGAACAAUUCGUAACGAUAAAGAACUUACUGCUGAAGAAUUAGCACUCAAUGAAGAGACUAAAGCGGCGUUCAAGGACCCCAUACGAACGAUCACGGAUUCGAACCAUUUCGUUGCUUCAUCACGCGAAGUUGAAUGGCUUGAUUCCUAUAAGAAUGCUUACCGCAUCUCGUACGAAAAUCAUGAACACAUGAAACGAUGGCUGACGAAGGUUGCUCUACAAAAACUACUCAACGCAAUCGUCACUGACUAUAUUGACAAACUGAAUUUUGCCGAUGAAAAAAGUCGUGAAACAAUCAAAGAGUAUCUAUCUUAUACGAUAGAACUAGAUGAUCCCCUUGGCUUAUUGAUGGCAUACACGUGUCCAAGUGGUAAUUUCUUUAAUUUGCUAAAUCGUAAUUUAGCCGAAUUAGGUUCCGACUUCCGUUUUGUCAGCACUCAAGCUUUAAUCAAUUCAGGUUAUGUCGACAAUGAACCACCACAAGAUCUUGGUCAAUAUAUUUUUGCUUCUAUCAUUAUCAAUCACCCUCGUUUUCGCCCAUAUCAGUAUGCUGGAACUACUUUUCGUGGAAUGAAGAUUACAAAGAAAGAUCUUGAAGAAUACAAUAGUGGGAAUAUUGUGAUGACUCGCUCGUUCCUUUCUACAUCAAAAAAUCGAUCUAUUGCCGAACUAUUUCUUGAUUGCGAAGACUACAAGAUUCAUCCACCAGUUAUAUGCAUUUAUAAAGUAAUCAAUCCACGAUCAAGUCUCGUAAUCGAAAACAUGAGUAAAGUCAAGGACGAGGAAGAAGUGCUGAUCGUUCCGUUCACUGUUUUUCGAGUAAAAGAACAACGCGAUACGCAGUUAAUUCAACAAGGUCAAACUUAUCCUGUCAAAGAAAUUGAAUUGGAAGAAUGCGCUCAAGUAUGA